GCGGGAUUCCAGCGGAAACCAGAGGUGGGAGGGCUCUUCCUGCCCAGGGGAGGCUUCCCAGGAGUAUGAGGGAUUUACAAUCGCCUCCUCUCGCUCCCUGUCCUCCGCAGAGUUGCCCUGAAGGCCAUGUGCAGUGGCAGGCUGCAGACAGCUUUGCUGGUGGCUGGCUACUUUGUCUACCUGCUGGUAGGUGCUGCUGUGUUCCAGGCCCUGGAGAGGACUGCUGAGAAGCAAGAGAAAAUGGCAGCUGCCCAGAUGAAGGAGGCUUUUCUGCAGAACUUCACGCAGCUCACGGUGCCAGAGAUGGAGCAGUUCAUGAAGAACCUGAUUGAAGCCAUUCAAAAUGGAGUAUACCCUGUUGGAAAUGAAUCACAGUUUGAAGAGAGCAACUGGGAUUUCAGCAACUCCUUCUUCUUUGCAGGCACAGUUGUCUCCACAAUAGGCUAUGGCACAUUACAUCCUAAAACUGCUGGGGGACAGAUCUUUUGUGUGUUUUUUGCACUUUUUGGAAUCCCUCUGAACAUUGUUUUUCUGCACCGUGUUGGUAAGAUGCUCUCACUGCUCUGCAAAAAGCUGGGGAAAUUCCUGUACGAGAAAGGAAUGAGAAAGAAGAAGAUCAAAUUUCUGACCCUUUUGUUCUUCCUGGCAACGGGGAUCCUGGUUUUUCUGUGCUUGCCAUCAGUCUUCUUCCAGAUAACAGAGGGCUGGUCCUACAGUGAAGGAAUUUACUUUGCAUUUAUCACCCUCAGCACCAUUGGCUUCGGAGAUUAUGUAGUAGGCAAACAGUCUGACAGGAAAUACUUUUCCUACUAUCGAGUGCUGGUGGCCAUUUGGAUUCUUUUUGGCCUUGCCUGGAUUGCUCUGCUGUUUAAUUUAUUGACAACAGUACUAGAAGAUACUGAAAAAAUAAUUGUCAAGGAUCUGCAGCAAAUUGGAAAGCCUUCAAGUUGGUGAUGGGAUGAAGGAUGGAUGCAGCAGAGCUCGCUACAGUCCCAGAAAUGCAUGGGCAGCUCCUGAAGAACAUGGCCCAGCAACGAGGCCUACAAAGUGCUUAAAGGCUGAAUGUAAUGACAACAGUGGUAGCACAUACACAUUCCUGUGUCCCAUCCAGCUGAUGAGCUGAGAAAUGGAGCAAUCAGCCCUGUAUAAAGGAUCUGAGAGCAUAGGCACAGGUGUUCCCAGAGAAAGAAGACAAUUUGCCCUCAAGUCUCUGUAGUAAGGGUUUGGAUCCAAGCCACUGAAGACCAGCAUGUGAGGCCUAAUCCCGUAAAAACAGUCAAUGUUUGGAUGGGAAACAUGUCACUGAGUUGGAGCCAGGUGUGUGCAGACUUCCGUGGGAGGAUGAGUCAAGAGAGCUCUGGCAUCAUCUGCAAAAGGACCUGAUGCUGUGGGAGAGAGCUUAGCAAGUGUAAAAAACCAUGAGGAAGCAGUGAUGGUCCAAAGAAAAGCCCUCAAUUUCCCUGGUUGUCCUUGGAGCAUUCUGGAGAUCAUUGCAAGACCAGGCACUUGAAAUAAGCUGUUUCCCUUCUACCUCUGAGCCAUGAGACAGGGAUGGUCUGUUCCUCACACAGCUCCUCUGGAGAAACUCCAGCCUUGAGCACAGAACUGACAGCUGGCAAGAUGCCAUUGGCUUUGCCAAAUCUGACCACAGCUGGUCCCUGAUGCAAUAAAAUGUUGAAUCACCAGAAUCUGAGAAUGUGAUUGUCUGGAGGGUCACCAAGAAAAAUCAGCAAAGACUUGCUGGCAACUUGCAAUGCAUUUGCCAGUUCCAGGCUCCGUGGAAACCUGACCUGUCAAAUUUCCUCCAAACAGGGCUCAGAUGCUCGAAUUUGCCAGUGGGGAAAAGCAUUUCUGAUAACGCUGCCCAACUUAAGCUUGCAAAGAAACCUCAAGUAGAGAGAGCCUCACGACGAAUAAGGGUUUGUCUCACAAAAUUCCCAUGCCCCAAAGGGUUACAACCCACUCACCAAAAACCAAGAGCAAAUGUGUGACAGAAAGGAUGCAUUGGGAUACUGGGAGUAGCUCAGCAUCCAUGAUGGCUCAUGAGUAACCCAUCAGCUCUGCCAGCCACUGGACUGGGUUUUUUCUGCUUCCCCUCCAUCUGCCAGCUCAGCAAGACAUCUCCACAGGGAUCCACACAUAUCCUGAGACACCUUCAAACAGGCUUCCCUGUGACUGUAGCCCAACACAGUUUCCCUAAAGUACAGUUUCACAACCCCAACAGUUUUCCUAAAGUAUAGGAGAACCUGAAGGCCUUCAGUCAGAUCAGCUUCACUGGUUGCCCAGAAAAAAGCUGUGGCUGCCCCAUCCUUGGAAGAGCUGGAUGGGGCUUGGAGCAGCCUGGUGUCAGGGAAGGUGUCCCUGCCCAGGGAGCUGGCAGGGGAUGGAACAGCGUGAUCUGUAAGGUCCCUUCCAACCCAAACUAUUCUGUGCUUUCUGUGGUUAUUAUGAAUUCACUAGUUUUACACCCAAUCAAGACCUGCCACAGUGAAAAACCCCUUCAUUCUCACUCUAGUUGUCCUUAGGGUCACAUUUUGUGGCGUUAGCACCAUCGAGAACUACACAUCAGUCUGGAUCUGUCCUCCAUCUGUCCUGCAUCCUUAUCUCGUGUGUUUUCAAGGAGCUCAGCAGAAAUAUAUGGAUCAAAGCUAAUCGAUAAUACCAGAGCCCUUUCACCAUAUUGCUUUCACUACAUUACUGCAUCCUUUAAAAACAGAAAUCUUAGCAGACCGCAGUACAAUGCCAGACAGACUGUCACUUCCAAAUUAUGUUUAUUUAUUCUCUCUCUGCCUCUUGGCUGGCCCCAUUACCAGCAUAUCUCAGUGUCUCUCAGCCAUCAGCAUAUUUGCCUCCCCUCCCUUCCCCCUACCCCGAGGUACGUCUCCUCUCAAGUACAAAGUGGACUGACACGGCAAGUUUUUGAGCCUAUUUAACACCAGCUUUAUCUGAGGAGAACUGGAUUCAGUGACAGAGCCUCAGAAUUAAUUACACGAAGGUGAAUUCCUGUCACAGAGCCUGGCACAGUGUCACUGCAAACAUUUUAACAGCCAGUCCCUGGCCCUCGACUGCCUUUGUGCAGUGUAAAGCAAUUAUUUGUACCUGCUUGGUGAAACGUGUCAGCCCCUUCAGAGGUGCUGCGACACAGCAAACACGCUUCAACCCUUGUUAUUCACCAGGAAAAGGGUGUGUGGUGGAUCUUGGCUCUGCACAAAGUCACUGCUGCUCGAGAUCAAGCUCUUCAGGGAUCUGAAUGCAGCAGUUUGUGUAUUAUCCACAUGAAGAAUAUCUUGCAGUUGAGGCCCAGUGAUGUGGCCAAAAGCAGAAAUGGGACUUGAGGCCAAGGAAACAAAAGUGCGAAUCUCAAACAAGCACGUCCUUGCUGAGCCCCACCAGCAGGGAGGAAUGGAAGACUGAACCCCCUCUUUCAUCUCCCUUUUGUCAAGUAUUUUCAGUCCUUUUCUCUCCCUUUUCACCUCCUGCAUCCCAAGGGUACCCCUGGUGGAAACUGUUUUCCACCCUCACCCCAGGUCCAACUGCUAACCCUUGCUUCAGCUGUUACAGCUGACACAUUCUUACCACAUUCCUUCUUUAUUCUCAU